AUAUCUUCACAGAAACACAUCACUGUUCACUGUCUUCUAUAGUAUUUAUUUAGUAUUUCCUUUUCCUUUUCCAAUCAAAAAGUUGUGCGCUGAAGCUGAAUGAAUCAAUGCUAAUGCUGCUGCUGAGCUGAUCAUCGAUUCACUGCCAUGAAAGCUCCCCUCCUCUCCUUCUCCUUCUUCUCUCUCCCACAUUGUGGCCUCACCUUUCCAACUGUAUGCUUCCAGAUGAAGCUUUGACAGUUAUAUCCUUCCUUUCCUUUGCAACCGCUACUUUCCCUUCCUUUUCCUUUUCCCAUAAUCAGCAAAUAAAGGAAAACGCCCAAUUUUGCAUGAGAAAUUCGAUAACUCAGCCUCAGGCAAAUACUAGCAUAUACACAUUGCCGUGUACGUGUUCGGAGAAAUGCCAAGGCAGACUUUCAAUGUGGAUGUGAGGAUUGGGGGAAGGAAGAAUUGCAAAGUGAGGAAGAGAGGCUGUUCUUCAUCGUCGUCUUCGUCGUCAUUAAUGGCGAAUUACGGGUUGAAGCGUGCCUUGUUGAUGGGUAAAAGAGUUGGAUCAACUACUCCAGUGCCUGUGUGGAAGACAACAAGUGGUUUUCCCAAUCCGGCAAUUCUGGAGAAAGAUGAUCCAUUACAGUAUGCAUCAGCUGCAAGUGAUGUUGAUAAUAAGGCGAAGGAGUUGGCGUCAUUGUCGGCUCGAAAAUUGGCUGCCACUUUAUGGGAGAUCGACGGGAUAUCUUCGCCAAGGGCAAAUAGAGAGAAUGUAGAAGAGAAAAUAAUGAGAGGAGAAGAAGGGGUGGUUCGUAGUCCUGUUUCUGAGGUGAUGGAUCAGCUGAAACCGGGAUCCCGUAGGAGAAGGGGAUCGGCAGGGUCUCAAAAGCUUCUGCAGGGUGAUCGCGAAUCGGGUGGUGCAAAAUCACACCAUAAUUGCUUGGUGGAGACACAGAACGAUCCUCGGAGUCCCUGCAGACACAUAAUCGGAUCAAAAAAUCGUCUCAAAGAUGUCUGCAACAGCCUCAUAACUUCGAAAGAGCUUCUCAAAGUGAUGACUCGUGUCUGUCGUUUCGACCAACACAGCAACUCCACGAGCUCAUCCCUUUCCAUGGCCCUGAAAUUCGAGCUCGACCGGGCUUGCAACCACGUUGGCAAACUAAUCCAAGAACAAAGAUCGGAGCCAGACAACCUCGACAUUUUGAUAAAAAGGUUCGAGGAGGAAAAGGUUGUCUGGAAAAUGAAAGAACAGGAAAGAAUCCAUACCGCCAUUGCAGCUAUAGCCGAAGAGCUCGGAACUGAGAAGAAACUGAGGCGACAAACCGAGAGACUGAACAAGAAACUCGGGAGAGAAUUAGCCGAGACUAAGGCUUGUCUGUUUCAGACAUCGAAAGAGCUAGAAAAUGAAAGAAAGGCGCAAAAGGCACUCGAGCAAGCUUGCGAUGAUUUGGCUAAAGGAAUCGGCGAAGAUCAGGCUGUCGUCGAGGAAUUGAAGAGGCAGUCCGCUAAGGUUCGGGAAGAAGUCGAAAAGGAGAGGGAAAUGCUUCAAUUAGCCGACGUAUUACGCGAGGAACGAGUGCAGAUGAAGCUUACGGAGGCGAAGUAUCAGUUCGAGGAGAAAAAUGCGCUUUUGGAGAAACUAAGAAACGAACUCGAGUCGUAUUUGAAAUACAAGACGACGAUGACGACAGGUGACAACGAAGAUGAAAACCCACCUGGGUCUCCGAGCUUCGACAAAAUUACGGAGCUCAAGAAAUUUCUACGGGAGACAUUGCCGCCGGGUUCGUGCCAACACAACGAUGAAACAAAAGAGAUCGAUGAACGAGAAGUCGAAGACGAUGACGAUGAUUCGUCGGGUGGUAGUGACCUCCGUUCUAUCGAACUGGACAUUAACGACGUCAGGAAGAGUUUUGGGUCGAAGAGGAAUUCCGUCGAUAAAAGUCGAGGUAGGAAACCCAUUUCCGAGAAAAUCAAGAAACCGAAUGUACCCCCGGAGGAGGAGACGAAAUUCGCGAAUGGAAUACGAUGCGAGAAUGCGAAACAAGAAUCUCUAGACGCGUUCGAUAAGCGAGGGUUGUUCGAAUUCUCGUCGAGGUCGUGGAAAAACGACUCCGAGGAUGAGAUGGAGAGGUACAACGCGAUUAAGGGUCUCCGAGACCACAUUGUAUCGAGUGUUCGAAUGGGAUCGUCGACGAGCCCGAGCAAGAACUUCGGACAGAGCUUUCGUGGAUAGCGAUCGUGCUCGGGUCUGAAAUCUUACGGAGGAGGCGUAAGUAAGCGAGUAAGUAUUGUCGAAGAUCGAUCGAUGGAUCGUCGAGCCAUCGGGUGUAAAGAGAAUUUUGGUAUGUCCGAUCGUUACAUUUAUAGUGUAGAAGGUACGCUAUUAUACUUUGCGCAAAAUGUAUAUGUUCUUCGUGUCCUAUACAUAUAUAUGUAUGUAAUGUGUUGUUCGAUUCAUAUGCAUAAUAUAUAUAGAGAUUGAUAUAUAGAUAGUCAUAGGUAGAUAGAGAGAGUUGCAAUGUUGUGUAAUAAUUUUAUCUCCUCAACUAUGUAUCAUUUAUUUUUUUCAUAAAAUGUUCCAUUAA